GGGCAGGGCAAUCCACGGGUGAUGGUGGUUACGUUUUUUUCCUAGGCGUAUGUGGCCCGCUUGCAGCCGCUGCCCAUUUUUCUGUAGGAAAACCUCGUUUGAGGCAGGAGGGGCCCCGCCCCUCGCCAUCCCUAGUUCUUGCUUAGCUCCUCCGCUGACUUCUCUCCACUCGCCCAGCCACUUACGCCACUUGUUCGCCAGAGCCGGGGUAGGGAUGUUGACCUUAGUUUGGACACGAAAUACAGGACAGCAGAUUGAGGGUGAAAGAGUGAGCUGAUGUUAGCUCUGGCAGGAGCGGGGCAAAGGGGUGAUACCCGAAGCUGUUUCAGCCACCAAAGCCGAGACUGCUUGCAAGUUACUGACUGCGAACGUAUCGGGAAGCGGACCCCCCCCCCCAAAAAAAAAGUCAGGCGCAGAAAGCUGAGGGAGGGUGGAAAUAGCUAAUAAAUUGGGAACGGAGGGUCCCGUGGAACAUCUUCCUCAGCGACGAAGAUACAAAUGUGGAGUCUCAUUCUGAACCUCCACAAACAUGUCCAAGCAACAACCUGCUGAAAAAUUUACAAAUCCAGAAACUCCUGGUUAUGUUGGAUUUGCAAACCUUCCAAACCAGGUUCAUCGGAAGUCUGUGAAAAAAGGCUUUGAGUUCACCCUUAUGGUGGUUGGUGAAUCUGGCUUGGGAAAAUCUACUCUAAUAAACAGUCUGUUCUUAACAGAUCUCUAUCCAGAAAGAAUAAUCCCAGGAGCAGCUGAGAAAAUUGAAAGGACUGUACAGAUUGAAGCUUCAACAGUUGAAAUUGAGGAAAGGGGUGUAAAGCUCCGUCUAACCGUGGUAGAUACACCAGGUUAUGGUGAUGCCAUCAAUUGUCGAGAUUGUUUCAGGACCAUUAUAUCCUAUAUUGAUGAGCAGUUUGAGCGCUAUCUUCAUGAUGAGAGUGGUUUGAACAGACGGCAUAUUAUAGAUAAUAGAGUUCACUGCUGCUUCUAUUUCAUUUCACCGUUUGGCCAUGGACUCAAGCCGUUGGAUGUUGAGUUCAUGAAAGCGAUACACAACAAAGUGAAUAUUGUGCCUGUAAUUGCAAAAGCUGAUACUCUUACUCUGAAGGAACGGGAAAGACUGAAGAAAAGGAUUCUGGAUGAAAUUGAAGAGCAUAGCAUCAAGAUAUAUCACUUGCCUGAUGCUGAAUCAGAUGAGGAUGAGGACUUUAAAGAACAGACCAGGCUUCUGAAGACCAGCAUUCCAUUUUGUGUAGUGGGAUCCAAUCAGCUUAUUGAGGCUAAAGGCAAAAAGGUUAGAGGCCGCCUCUAUCCUUGGGGAGUUGUUGAAGUGGAGAACCCGGAGCAUAAUGACUUCUUGAAACUCAGAACCAUGCUAAUCACUCACAUGCAGGAUCUCCAGGAAGUGACUCAAGACCUUCACUAUGAAAAUUUCCGUUCUGAAAGACUUAAAAAAGGUGGCAGGAAGGUAGAAGAUGAGGAAGUUAAUAAAGACCAAAUCUUGCUGGAAAAGGAAGCCGAACUCCGUCGUAUGCAAGAGAUGAUUGCAAGAAUGCAAGCGCAGAUGCAGAUGCAGAGGCAUGGUGGAGAAGGAGACAGUGAUGUGGUCCAUGGGCACAAAGUUUAAAUUAUUUGAUAACUUCAUGAAUUGGAGCCAUUUGAGACUUGUGAUGCAGUGGUGUAUUUUGUGGGAGAUGCUUCUUAUUCUGCUGCAACUUGGAAGGUCCAUUCACAUUCAACGUGCAACUACAUUGUGGUCUUUUUUGUAAUACCUCCUUUGUAAACAACUUAAGACUUGGUCAAUAUUUUACUGUUAUGAUGUAAUGUGAUAGUUUAUUAACUUUGAUAGUUACUAUUUUACUGAGCUGAUUUUAUUACACUGGCUACAAACAUAUACAGACUUUCUAAUUAAUAUUAUUAAUCUGAUGGUAUGGAUUACUACCACUAUUUUGAGUUUCUUUUUUUGCACUGAAGGGAUCAGCUGAUCAUGAUCACAGUCCCAAGGUCUGCCUGUUUGCUUUGAAUUUCCUCUACAGCCUUACCUGAUAGCCUAGUGUGACUGGUGUGUACACAGUUUUAAGACUACUUUAAACCACCAUCCCCAUAAGUAUUAUAUGCUGUUGUUUGCUCACAAGCAAGGUCAAUGCUAGGAGCUUUUGCUUGGGACGAAAGCCUUGAGUGAACAUUUGGGCCUUGGUAUAAAGUUCUUUAGCCUGUCAGGUAACAAUGAAAGUGACAAAAUAGAGAAUUCUUCAGUGCCAUUUUUUCUUGUUUAAUAGCAUAUAGAACUGUGUGCCUGUAAUGCUUUUGAACUGCCCUUCCUUUCUAAGGGUUUGUAGUCAUUUUAUCAAGGAAUUACUAUAUGUGUACUUCUUUGUGUUUUAAGUAAGAAAACUCUGUACAGUAGGGCCCCGCUCAUACAGCGGGUUACGUUCCGGACCCCCACUGUAAAGCGAAAACCGCUGUAAAGCGGAUCCCAUUGACUUACAUUGACCAAAAUGGCGCCCGGCGGCAAAAAACCGCCAUAAAAGCAGAACAAACGCUGUAAAGCAGGGCCUUUCUACAAUUCACAACUGCUGUAUUGGCGGAACGCUGUAAAGUGAAGCGCUGUAAAGCGGGGCCCUACUGUAUACUUUUUAAAAGGUUUAAUGCAGUUUAGAAAGCAAAUCUAUCACAUUUCAGGGAUUUUUUAAAAAAAAUAUUAUAAAGUAGGAUGAAAAAGCACUCUUACGUCUUCUGUGGUAAAGGGACAGCAGGAGUGUCAUAGUCAGAAUAAUGGCUGCUGAUAGAGUCCCAAAGUGCCCAAAUAUGGGCAUUUGCACUGUACUUGAAAACACACAUGUCCUUGUCUUCGGCUUAAGGAACAUUAGUAACACCUGGGAACUGGUAGGCUGUGUUCUGACAUCCUUCUCUUGGUAGCUAUCACAUACAGAAUGGCAAAUCAAUUUAAAAAUGUAUAUAUACAGAAUAAGCCUAACUUACUGGUUUCAGCAAGUAACAAUAAUUUUGAUUCUUACAGGAUAGCAAGAAUGGUGCCCGUUUGAACUUGGUAACGUCUUUUGAAAAUACUGUAAUAUAUUGGCAGUAAAAAAACUGUGAAGGGAUUAAAUUAGUCAUUAGUCAUUAAAUUGUUUUUAUCCUUUAUCUUAUGGGGAAGAUAAUUGCCCUAAGAACACAGAUGCUUGUUCAUCCUUUUUAAGCCGGGCUUCUUGGGGGGGGAGGUUUGGUAGUGGUAACAAGAACUUACUCUGGGCUUAGUUUUUAUUGCCACAAGCGAAGGAACAUUCAAAUUGAAAAGUAUAGCCUGUAGUAGAGUGCAACAAGGGAAAAACUGAUAAUAUGCUACUAGUUUUCUUUCUUUUAAUAUUGGCCUGUUUUUUGUCUCUAUUUGACAAUGUGCUCAAUUCAACCAUUGCUAUUGCUAAAACAGUUUACAUCCCAGUGCCAAAAGGCUGAAUGUGGAUGUUGUCACAUAAUUCUGACACCAUCAUUAUUUAUACUUCUUCCUUAUCAUAAUCUUUGGUGUAAUCUUUUAAACUGUUACCUUGGUCUCUAAAUUAUUGUUACUUAAAACUCAACAUAAAAAAGUCAAAAGCCCAGAUAAUAACUGCUGAUUUUAUACAUGUUCCUGGGCUUGCCUCAAAAGCAGACAAAAUUGGUAUUGAAUAGUAUGAAAAAAGCAAAACAAUGCUUACUUGUGUGUUUUAUUAGAGAAAAAUAAAAUAUUUAUGAAAAUACAGAAUUCUUAAGAAAGGUGAUAGAAACGCAAAAACAUAGGGCUGGAUGCAAAGCAGCUCUUCAUGCAAGCUAUGAUGUGGCAAAAGACUCCAGAUGGGAGAGGAGAAUUUAUGCUGAUUUUUCCCCUUCCUGCAAACUUCCAUGCCAUCUAUGUUGUUUUAGAGCUCCCUCCCCCCAUCAGUCCUGCAGAGUAGAUACUCUGAUGAGGGAAGGAGGAAUUGGCAGGAAUUGCCACCAUCUCUUUCCAUGAGCAGGAGCAAUUUGUGAGCAGAGUGUUAGAUCUCUGGAUCUAACCCAAAAUGUUCAUGUCCUAAAUAGAAGCAGCAGAGAGGUUUUAAAACAUCUUCCAGGAAGCUGUUUAACAUGUGAUAUCAAACCAGACUUUGUUCUAUUAUUACCUAUUUUCUUUAUCCUCCUUUCCUCCUCUAAAAUAUCAGCUAAAAUCUUUUUCUCGUAUAGAGAGUUUUUGUAUUAGAUCUAUUUACAUAAAUAUUCUUGGGGUUAAAUUAUUAUUAUUGUUGGAACACAGUUUGGGGAACUUUCUAUUUUGCCAAAAACAUGUUCACACGAUGUCAGUGUUUUAUAUAAGAGGUUAUUACUAUAAUAAAUCAUACAGCACUGGGAUAAUUUUCCAGUAUUAGAAAACUGUGGAAAUGUAGUGCGUGCCAAAUAACAAGUAUAAAUUUAACCUUUUUGAUACGUACCUUGGAUUUCAUUAAAUGAUAUAAGAAACUCUUCCAUAUAUUCAUCUGCAUGUGUAUGUUGGUUGCCAUGAUUAGAACUUGCAUAGUAAGGUCUUUACCUGUGGAAUUGUAUCUUGAAGUGUCUUGGUGUUUUAUCAUAGCUUGUAACCAUCCAAACUGCUACAUUUUAGUUACUAAGUUAUAAAACACUCUUUUGAAUAUUUUUGAUUAAAAUUUGAGUAUUUUUUAAGAAAAUAAAUCUUAAAUUCUAUGGGACUGAACAGCACUUCCCUGCUCUUUGCUUCACAUAAUUCUAAAACCUAUUUGUACCUCUUUCUCUGCAGUAAGAUCCAUUCUAGUAUUUAGCAUUGAAGGUAUGCAUGGAAAUAAGUAAUUUGCUUAGGUAUCCUUUGAUCUUGAUAAAUGGUUGGUUGGCUUCAAAAUGGUCUCUGUCCUCCUUUACAUUGUCACCAAUCUACAAAAAUGUCAAAACUUAUUUCUUUAACAGAAGUCACAUAGUUACAAUCUUAGGAGUAUAUUAUUUCACUUUUUAUUGUUUUUUUAAAUAUUUGGAUGCUCAAAGGGCUAAUUUUUAUAUCAAUAUUAACAUAUAAUUGGUUUUUUGUAUUCUUAACACUAGCUAAGACUAUUAAUAAAUAUAAUGAAUUAUAAUGUGUGUGACUGUUAAUUUAGCAAUGGACAAUGCUUGUAGGAAACAUGUAAAAAUUGUUUUGCCACUUAGGAUAAAGAUGCCUUCUUGCAAAUAACCCUGAUGACAAUGUGAGUUAAAAUAACUUUAAAGCAUUUCACACAAAUACAUCUAAAAGUUGAGAGAGACAGUCUUAUUAUUUAAAAUGCUGGCUCACUUAUUGAUAUUGCACCAUCAGGGCUUGCCGGAUUCCAAGGUCCAUUUAUAUUCAGUCUAACAUGAACAGUAUUGGUAGUGAUGCCAACAGGAUUUUGUGGGCCUAGCACACUGUUGAUUGGGCUCUGCUGCACUUGCAAAAGAUAUACAUUUGCAUAUACUUUAUGCCAUAUGCAAAUUUGAUCCCUUUUGCAGGUGUGGGUAGAGGACUCAAAAACAAAUCUGGCUAUACACAAGUAAAAAGAUAUCUCACAAACAGAAUGUCAACAGGUAAAGUUAUCCCCAUAAUUGUACUUCCACACUAAAAAAAAAAGGCUUAUUUGAUUUCUGUCUACCUUGCAGCUGUUAAAGGCAUAAGAGCCCUGCUCUCCCCCAGUGACAACUCUGUUUUUUUUUAAUAUAAUUUUUUAUUCAGAUUUCUAAAACAAAAGAAAAAGAAAAAGAACAAAUUAAUAACUAAUACAAUAAAAAUAUUGACUUCCGAUUUGUCUUAAAUCAGCUAUAGGUCUAUAGUAUAUAACAAACCUGUCCCUUAAUAUAUUACAAAAUCACUUUCCUCCAGUGGUUAUCUUGGUUAAUCAUUAAAUCUCAUUAACAUCAUAUCAUUUUAUUCUUUCCACAAAAAGUCAAAGAGAGGUUUCCAGUUCUUGAGAAAUAUUUCUAUCGGUUUUUCUCCAAAUAGACAUGUCAAUUAAUCCAUCUAUUCAAGUCUAAUAAAUCCAGUAGUUUCAACAGCUAUUCUUCCAUUAUCAGUGUUAGUUCCAUCUUCCAUCGUCCAUCCUUGCACACAUAAUUCUGCUGUCAUAGUCAUAUAGUAAGAGUCUAAUAGGAAUUCCCUUCAUCACAAAUAUUUUCUUGCCAUCAAUUCUGACUGUGUUACUGAAAUAUUGUUGUAAAGUCAUAUCUCUGUUCUUUUUUACGGGGUGCACUAGCACAUCUCUUGAGAGUUUUGCCAUUGUCACAUAUCUGGAAUUAAUUCUAUAAACUUUAUCUCAGGUUCCAUCAGAUCAUUCCAGUCCAGAAUUUUUUUUGAAACAUUGAUAAAUUUAUCUCUGAUAUCUUCACCAAUUCCUUCAGAGACAGCGCUGAAUUCCAAGCAAUAAUCUUUGUCACUAGGAUCCAUCACAGCUAUAAAGUCCAAAUCUUUUUCAAAUUCCACAUUUGAUAUACCGUAUAUUCCGGCGUAUAACACGACUUUUUAACCCAGGAAAAUCUUCUCAAAAGUUGGGGGUCGUCUUAUACGCCCAGUCGUCUUAUACACCGGAAUAUACGGUAUUUCUCCUGCUCGCAGCCUGGCCCGGUGUCCCCUCCCCUGAGGGGAAUCCCCAUUGCUCCUCCGUCCCGCCAUCUCCGCCUCCUCCACCGCGGCGAAGGCGGCGCCCUGCACGGCCUCCUCCACCUCCUCCUCCGUCGCAAAAUGGCGGCCGGGGUGGGGAGCAGCAGCAGCCUCCCCGUGUUCUCCUCCGUGGCGGCCUCGCCUGCGCCGCCUCCCGCCGCUGCUGCUGCUCCUCCGCCUGCGGCUGCUCAGGCAAGCGACGGGGCCGCGGUGGCGGCGGCUGCUCCUCCUCAGGCAGCCAACGGCGGGCCGCUUUCGCUGCUCUCGCCGCUGCAGGCCGCGCCGGCACCUCCGCUGACGCACAACCACCGGGCGGCAGCAGCAGCAGCGGGAGGCGGCGGAGGCGGGAACCCGCUGCCGACAGCUGCCCCUGCGGCCUCCUCCUCGGCACCCUCCGCCGCCGCCGCCGCCUCCGGCCCGCUGGCACUGCGGGAGCCGGCCUACAACUGGCAGGCAACGAAGCCGACGGUGCAGGAGCGCUUCGCCUUCCUCUUCAACGAGGUGCUCAGCGACGUCCACUUCUUGGUGGGCAAAGGCCGCGCCGGCGCAGUGCAUCCCCGCCCACAGGUCGGUGCGGGCUAUGGGGCGAGGGGGCGCUGGCCACGCAGGGAAGAAAGGGGAGAGGGAUGCUGGCUUUUUAAACGGGGAUCAGGGUCAAAAGUUGGGGGGUCGUCUUAUACGCCCAGUCGUCUUAUACGCCGGAAUAUACGGUAUCUAUUCCAAUCUCCAGGACUUGCACCUUCCCUUUAAUUUUUCUUUCAUUUCCUGUUGCUUGUCCAAUUAUAUCUUAUUUUCUCAUAGAAUCCUUUAUUUCUUUCAGCUCCUGUUUCAUUUUGCCAAAUUCAAUUUUCAUCUCUUUUCUGCUCUGUCUCAAUUCUUGUUUCGUUAUCUUAAUCUCAUCCAUUAUUUUCUGAAACAUGUUUAAAGAGAGAACCCCUUCCUGUACAUCCAGGGUCUCGGCCGCUUUCUUGAUCGUCAUUCUUAAGACCAAAAAAAACACCCCUUCAAUUUCCAAUAUAGCCACUAUUCUCAAGCAAAGAGCAAUUUAUUUCUUUUUCCAGCAACAAAGGAGUUAAUAUUCCAAGCCUGUUGACAUCAUCUUCUAGACAGACUGCCUUAUCUCUUAUGUUACCAAGAGUGCAAAACAAACUUAGUUCCCAGCAUCAAAAUAAUUAGUGGCAUAAAGAAUAAGCUGAUUCGUCAAAAUAAAGUAGACCAGAAAAAAUAGUCCCAAACAAAUAGUACUCAAAUGUUCAUAUUAAUCAGAUAUUUCUCUUCAAAUUAGAUGCCCCUCAUCCGUUUAUAUCUUUAUAAUGCUCAAUUCCAUGCCAGCUUUUUGCAAUAAAAACAAAGAUAAGCUAUUUCGAUUUUCUUCUUCCUUAAUUCCGUGUGUAAAAGAGAAAGGUAUAACUCACCCAGGGAUUCUUUGUUGCUGAUUCUAUAACAAAUCUCUUUUACUGUAACAAUGAUAAGAGUGAUAGUAGAUAGUAGUAGACAGAAGGAUGCUUGCCUGUUAAAAUCCGUUUUUCUUUAAAGAAAAAAAAAGUCUCGCUUAGUCAGUUUGAGCAUGCUUGAAUUCCCUGACUCCGUCAGACGCUGCUGGCUACACCUUCGUUCAUAGGCGAUCCUGAUGAAUUCCAGUCCCCAACAAACACAACGAAGCUUCUGUGGGUGAUCUCUUCGUUUCUCCCUUGCCUAGGAGAAAGUUUUUACCAGUCAAAAAAUUCUUCUGACUGGUUUUAAAACUGAAAAAGCUUCCUCUGAGACGGGAGCUCGUCUCAGAGGCAGUCACAGGCGGAGCAAUCCUCCUGGGAAGUUCCCCCAGUGACAACUCUAAACUAUUAAAAGAACUCGUUAAAACAAAGAAUUUCGGCAACUUGAUUUAUUAAUUAAUAACUUUAAAAAUGAAAUAUAACAUCACCUCUUUUUGCCUGUGAAAGUUAUGAGACAUUAGAAAUGGAAACAAAAAGCCAGGAAAGCAGGCAUCCUUCAACCCUGUAUACUUUGAUUGCUGCAACAACAAAAUACUCUUGAGCAUGUGGUUUCACAUUUUAAAACUCGCUGUUUUUGCUCACUUUCUGCCUUGGACCAGUCGCCCUUCUCAGUCUAAGUUACUCACAUGGCAAUUGUGAAAAUACACAAGGAGGUUUAAAAUGGCUGCAAAAGGGGACAUAGUGCCUGCAUCAUAGCCAUCAAAUUUUGGUUCCUUUAGUGAUGCACCUUUGUAAAAUAAAGGGAUAUGUUUUUUCUUCCCCCAACCCCCUAACAAAUUAAUAAACGCCAAGACUUCAAUCUUAAUCGGGCAUGAUUAUUGCAUUUUUAUGUCUGUUUCAAGAUGAAGGUUUCAUUCAUGUUUAUGUUUAUGGAUAUUGUUUAUGUAUUUUGCUUUGCAAAUUAAUUUGUUAAGUUUUUUAUUGUACCUUGUGUAUUCUAUUGUAAACCGCUUUGAGAUCUUUUAGAUAGUAAGCAGUCUAUAAUAAUAAUAAUAAUAGUAAUGUAGAUCAGGGGUUCUUGACCUGUGGUCUAUGAACUGGGCACAAAAAAAUAAAUUUCCAAUGCAAUAAAAUGAUUUUUUUUA